GGUCCGUCCGGUUCGCCAUCUUACGGUAUGAACUGUAACAUAAAAGUGGUUAGAAGAGUGUGGAGUUAUUUCUUGAGUAUCUUUGGUAUUUAUCAAUGGGUUGGUAUGGAGUAUAGCAGAUUUCAUUACUGGAGGUCAAUUAAUACAGAUAAAAGUUUGAUGGGGGUUGUUAGAAGUAAUAUGCCAGGCAUCAUAUGCUGGAUAAUUUGGAAAGCUUAUGCGAACAACGUAUGGGGAUCAGAUUCUGUUAUUUCUAAUGCCGACCAAAUCAUUACUAUGAUAAAGAUGUAUUUACAAAAUUGGGUGGUUAGUCUCACCUCCGGAAAAUUGAGAUCCAUUGGAAGUGUUCUUAUAGAAGAAAAAUUAGUCCCGAGAGGUUACAAAAUAAAGGGAUUCAAGCUUCAGAUUAUCAAAUGGCAGAGACCUAGAAUGAAAUGGAAGAUGAACAUUGAUGCAUGUUACUUAUCUGGUAGAGCUGGUGGAGGAGCAAUUGUUCGAGAUGGAAUGGGUCGGUUAGCUUCAGCUAUCAGCUUUCCAUUGCUUGCACAGUCGCCGGUGGAUGCUGAACUUCAAGCUAUCUUCUUCGCGGUAAAGUGGGCAGCUGCGAAUGGUUUCGAAGACAUGUGUGUUGAAACUGAUUCUUUGGAGGCUUUGAGAUACAUUGAGGGGAAGUCGGGAAGGAGAUGGGAAAAUGAACUUCAGGCAAUUUCAGACAUCCGAAUUAGGAAAGCGAUUGGGUUCGGGCAUGUUUUGAGGGAGGGGAACUGGGCGGCUCAUUAUCUGGCCCAGGAAUGGGUAGAUCAGAUUAAAAUUUAUAAUGGGUUGGAUCAGCUACCUAUUUUGGUUAAAAAGGCUUAUUGGGCCGAUUUUUAUGGCAUUCCUUCCUUUAGAGACUCUUGAUUUACUUUUGGGAGGUUUAGGUUUGGUCCCCCUCUCUUGUACUUUUCUCUUAUCUAAAUAAAACUUCGGCAAAAAAAAAACAUAAAAG